AUGUAUUCAAAGAGGCUUUUGUCCUUGGCCUUGAGCCUUUUCGUGGUGGAGUCGGUCAUUGCUGGCCCGUGCAAACCGAAAACAACCUCUGCCACUUCUGCGGCAUCAACCACGCUCGUUGCAUCCACAACCACGACCCUCCCUGUGUCCUCCACCACGGACACUACUGUGGCAACUAUCGUCACCAGCGACACCGAGACUGAGGCUGCUACUACGCUUUUGACUAGCACUACCGCUGUAUCUGUAGCUGACACUACUACAACUAAAGAGGGAACAACCACGGCCGACGAGACUACCACGACCGUUGUUGAGACCACUGAGACUGGAACUACGACAGGGGAGGCAACCACCACAGAGGCUCAGACGACAACCACUGCUGAGGCCGAGACUACUACCGCAGAGGCCACGACUACAACCGCCGCAGAGCCCGUCUGUGCCCAAACUCUAGUCCUAGCUAAUCCCACUCCGAUCAUUACUGAUCCGCUAGUCAACACGGAUGAUGGAAACCAAGGCUUCACAGCACCUUUCCCGAUCGGGGUAUUUGGAAGUUCUUCAACAUCUGUUUUUGUGUCUCCAAACGGCCUUUUGUCCUUGGAUACAGGAUCCAACGCAUACGGCAACUACGCACUACCUCGUUCGAACAUCCCGGCUGUUAGCAUCCUCCCCUACUGGGACGACCAAUACUUCCGCAGAGAUGUUUGCAACACAGGAGUCUUCUACGACGUCUACGAGACUGACCGAGGCCAGACGCUCACUGUCGAAUGGUUUGUUGGCAGUAAUUCCGACACUGGGUUCAAUGAGCACUACACGGCCAGUUUCUAUCAAGACUACCCCGGCUUGGUCAGAUUUGAGUACUAUACGACAACCAGGCAUGGCUCAGGUGCGACUAUUGGUGUUCAGAAUGGGCAGGACUACACCCAAUACUCUUACAACCAAGAUAACGCGGUUCCUGAUCAGUUCUACGUGGAGAUUGAUACAAGCAGUGGAGUUGGCGUCAUCGACAGCGAUCCACUGUAA